AGAAUCGCUGUUUUUCCUCUCGCUCCUCCUGUGGGCAGCGCCGCCGCUGCGCACAGAACACAUCCUCGCCAGCAUAGCUUCUCCGGCGUCCGGCCAACGCGCUCACUAGCCUCCCGCCUUCCUCCACAUCUCCUCGCCUCCACCCCAUCCAGUUCGUGCCAUUCGCUGCUCCAAGACAAGGGCAUGGCGCUCGGCGGCUGCGGCAACGAAGCUGAUGGUGCACGAGCCAACCAUGGAGGCAGUAGCACGGGGCAGCGACAGCAGCAUGGAGGGCGUCCUCUUGUUUGGGAAGGUAAUGGAACUGCAAAUAGGAGUGGCAGCGGCGACCAGGAUGCAAAUGGAAGUGGUUCCCAAAGACCUUGGAAAGGACUUAAAGACAAUAACUUAUAUGAUCCUUGGAACCAUGCAUGGCCGUAUUAUGGGGGUUUUGAUUGCACGUACUACAGCCUAAAGCACAAAGGUGGAGGUGCAACCCGUGUCGCGGAGCACCUUGGUGGUAUUGUAGGUAAUGUGAGGAGCUGUCCCAAUGUGCCAAGAAAUGUGAGAGAUGCAAUGAGAGAGUGCCGGGAUGAAUCAAGGAGGAAGAAAAGAGACAAACAAAAUAGCAGGCUGAGAAUUGAAAGAAAUAUUAUGGAAGGGUUGUAUAAAAAAGGAGGGGUGGUUAACGUACCAGAUGAUGAUGAAGAAGAAAUUCAGAUGAAUAUUAGAGAAGCAUUGCGUGACCCGAAUGUCUCUCGCAGAAUUGAAAGGAGAAUUGGCAAGGGGGGUGUGGGUGAUGUGCAUGUUUCUGUUGGUAAAAGGAGUAUCAGCGCCUAUUUUGACAGGCAAUUAUCUAGCAACAAAGUAUAUAUGCAGCCCAAGAUCAGUAGUGCUUUGGAUCCUAAUUCAAGAGAUGCACUUGGUCUAGCUUGGUCCAAGUUUUUUCAUGCCAAUGAUAUUGCUGGACGUAAAGCUGAUUGCCCAUACUUUCGAGCUGCUGUGAAGAUCACUCAACAAUUAGGGCCUAUUCCUAUACCAACCGCGAAGGAGAUUGAUGGGCCAUAUUUGGAGGCCAACUAUGAUGAAGCUAAUUCGUUUCUUCAAAAAUUCAAACAAGACUGGAAGAACUUUGGUGUGACUCUUAUGUGCGAUUCUUGGACUGGUCCUACAGGAAUGAGCAUCAUAAACUUCAUGGUGUAUUGUAAUGCACGAAUGUUCUUCCUCAAUACCAUUGAUGCAUCCGGACAAACUCAGAAUUCAGGUUACUUCUUCCUUCUCUUCUUAGCACUUUACUUGCUUCUUGAAUAAUUCAAAUAAUAGUUCAAAUAGUAACCGAUAAUGGAUCCAAUUAUAAGAAAGCUUGCAAAACCCUUAUAGAAGAACCAAAAUACUCUCAUAUUGUUUGGCAACCGUGUGCGGCCCAUACCGUCAAUCUUAUGCUAAAAGAUAUAGCAAAAUUUCCUGAGGUUGAUGUGAUAGUCAAGAGUGCCAAGACAAUCUGUAGGUUCAUGCAUAAGCACAAUAACCUCCAUGAUAACAUGAAGAAGAACAUAGGUGGUGAACUAAUUAGACCAAAUGCCACCCGUUUUGGGACUGUCUUCAUGUUCCUUGAGAGUUACCAUUCAAAGAAAGAUAAAUUUAGGGAGUGGAUGGUUUCAAAGGAUUGGAAGGAGUGUCAGUGGAGGUAUGAGCCUGGGUAUGUGUUUGCUGAAGAGUGUUUGUCUAGUAAUGUUUGGUGGAACGCACUAGAGUGGGUAUUGAGUUCAUUGAGGCCACUUUAUACGGCCAUGAGGUAUGCUGAUACAGCCUCUACUCGUAAAUUUGGUAAGUCUCUUCUUUUUGGUGUUUCUGAUUCAGGUUUGUUACUUAGAAAAAUCUAGCUUGAUGUAUAUGUUCAAAGCGGCUGAUCUUUAAAUAGCUUGAUGUAUAUUGCUUUCUUUAAGUAGGUUGAUCUUUAAUUGUUCUCGUGCUCUAAUGUUUAUGCUCACUGUGUAUGAUUAGUACUGCUGUUCUAAUUGCUUACCUAGUAGUGUUGCUGUAAUUGAUACUUAUCUUCUUGUAUUGUUGCUAUAAUUGCUACUUAUCACAUACCAGUGAUGUUCUAGUUGCUACCAAUCACUUAGUAGUGUUGUUCUAAUUGCUACUUAACACAGUAUUUUAGUUGCUACUUGGAACUGCUAGUUACUUAGAUGUAUGCACUCUGUAUCAUGACCCUUCCUCUGUUUUCUCCAAACCAAAAAUGGCACGUGAGCAAAGGAUAUCAAGAAGCUUUUGGAUGUUGGGAAGCUUGGAGCUGAUGCUUCAAAUAAGCUGAUGGUUGUCUUUUGGAGAUGUUUCUAUGUUUAAUGCUUUAAAGUCUUUUGGCUGUACUGGACUAUUUAAACUUUGAACUAUGCUGUGAUGGUUGAACUGAUGCUGGACGGUUAAGGGUUUAUGUCAGAGGCAACUUUAUAACUAAUGUGUGCCUGUUAUGUUGGACUGUUAAGGGUUAUGUUGGAGGCAAUUUUAUAACUAAUGUGUGUCUGCUAUGUUGGAUUGUUAA